UCGCAGACUAGAUACUGCUGUAUAAUGGUCAGCUAUAGGUGUCAAAUUGGGCAUGUUUUACGUAAAGUUAAAACUGUAAUCGUUCUUUCUGUGUUUGGAAUGGCGUUGGUGAUACUGAUUGGUUUAAGUCAACACGACGGAGCAUUGAGACAUUUUACUGCAAGUCAAACAUUAAGAACCAUUCCGCCUUAUACAGAAGGCAAGUUCACGAAACCGUUGGUUGGAAAUGUGAAAAUUAAUUUUCAAGAGUACGCCAUAUUUUCAGCCCCGGUAGUUAAUGCUGAAUAUAAACACCGCAUUUUCACAGAAGGUGAAACGAUCACAACAAAUUCUGAAGAGGCUGGUCGUCCACGGCUAAUAUUAAUUUGGAACACGCCGGCUUCAGUACAAUCUCCAUUCCCCAUGCCUGAGAAAUGUGGGCUGUGUGAUAUUACCACAAACCGCACGCUGGCAACAGAGAGCGAUGCAAUCGUAAUUCAUUAUCGGAACACAAACAUUUUGCCAGACCCCAAAACCAGGCGGUCUGACCAACUUUAUGUUUGGCUAUGUCGAGAAUCUCCUUGGACAACGAAACACAAGUAUAAACUGGACUUGACGAAGUUUGACAACUAUUUCAAUUCAACGAUGACGUACAAAACGUCGUCAGAGUUUUCUCACCCUUACGUUGAGAUUUUACAUCGGGAAACUAAUUCAAAGGCCGGUUAUAAUGUCCCUAUGCUUGUACAAGAUGUGAACGAAGUGUUGUUACGCAAGAAAUACCUUGUGGCGUGGGUGGUUAGUAAUUGUGUCGACACCGCUGGAGCCAGAAGACGUUUCAAGCUUGCCCAAAACCUGAUAAACGCUGGUCUACAGCUGCAUCGUUUUGGGCGUUGCUUCCCUGGCUCUUAUAGCCCAGAAAGUCGGAAUCCACAAAUGUUUGAAAUGCUCAGCCAAUACAAGUUCUAUCUAGCUUUCGAAAACACGUACCACUGUAAAGAGUAUGUAACGGAAAAAUUUUGGAAGAACGGAAUAUACAGCGGUGCGGUGCCUAUAGUAUGGGGUCCUUCAAAAGAAACCAUUCGUCGUAUUGCUCCACCUAACUCUUACAUUCACGUUGAGGAUUUUCAAUCAUUGGAUGGUUUAGUUAAAUACAUAAACUACCUCGACCACAACGAUACCGCAUAUGCUGAGUAUUUUAAAUGGCGAAGGGGUAUGAACCAUGGACAAACCAACAGCGACCCUUCUUUGAAAGCGCUUGAAAAAUCGCAAAUGUACGGUUACUGUAGUCUGUGCAACGCCUUAAAUUCAGGCAGGUUACGUCGAUCAAGUUAUAUUCCAUCUCUUGACACACUGUGGUAUGAGAAUGAGAAGUCAUCAUGUUAUGCUCCUGCAGACGAUUCGUGGUAAUAACGCAUUCUAUCGUUUGUUAUAUAUACUAUUUCAUUAACACAUGCAGGUGUCAUAUACUUAUCGUACAGGUAUUUUUACUUCAAAAUAAAGUUUUAAUACAAACACA